AUGCAGUGCCAGCAUUCUCCAUCGGCCGAUGCUGACACUUCCGCCAACAUGCCGAUGCCGGAGUCUGCUGGUGGCUCUGCACAGUCCUCCGAGUGGUUUCGUGUUGCCGAUGGCACAGCCCUACCACGGACUGGUGAUCGGCUUCACACGGAGGUCCAUGGUCGCUUCGUUUCCGUUCUCCGUGGUCAUGCAGGUGCUCUUCACUGUAUGGAUUCCAUUUGCUACCACACUGGUGGGCCGCUCGCCAUUGGUGACAUUGAGGAGGUCAACGGGGAGCUGUGCAUACGCUGCCCUUGGCAUGACUACUCUGUGAGACUGGCGGACGGUGCCAAGCCCUACCAGUCCAUGAAGUUCGACCCUGGAACCAAGAAGCUGGUCCCGGAUGGCUGGAAGUACACGCGGCAGACGCAGCGCACGCACGAGGCGGUCCUGCGCGAAGGGGCAGCGCCAGACGGAGGAAUUUGGGUUCGGCUCAGCACCGACGGCAAGUUCGAGAGUGAUCAGUUUGCUUACAACAGCAACGCUGCCAAGAACGUAGCGCGAGGCGAUCGCGCGUUUGCUCCAGACGGCAAGAGCCUUGAGAACCCGGAGAAGGGCGGCCCUUGUGGGUAUAAAAGGAGCGGCGAGGUGAUAGCCGAGAUGCGGGCCAAAGCGUCAACACAGAAGAUGCCACCUCCAGCUCUACUAACCCAGCCGGCCACCUUGCAAAGCCUGCAUCCUGUGGAGUGGCGUCCUUUCCGACUUCUAAGCAAGAAGCAGCUCGCUGGCAGCAUGUGGCUGUUUCGCUUCGCCCUGCCACCGGACCAGCAGCUCGGCUGGGCUUCGCUGCGACAUGUUCAGCUGCGCUUACCGCUGCCAGCGAUGGAUGCUGCUGGUACUGGUCCGGCUGCAGUGGAGCGCGAGUACACUCCGGUGUCUCCGCUGGGCCGGACGGGCAGUUUCGACCUGGCAGUGAAGAUCUAUCCGGAGGGCACGCUGACGCCAAGGCUUGCCAAGAUGGCGCCGGGUCAGCUGGUGGACAUGCGCGGACCGCUUGGCGAUUUCAGCUUCUCCUGGUCGGCCAAGUCCUUAACUAGGCUGCAGCAAACCAUCAACUUCGAGAGUCUCUUGUUUGUGGUUGCCGGCAGCGGGGUGACUCCUGCUAUACAGGUCCUCCAGGACUGGAUCGCUUCAGGCCACGGGCGAAGCCAGGUCACAGUGACGGUGGUCUACAGCAGUCGCUCGGAGGAUGAGAUUGCAUUCCUCCCAGAGCUACGUCAGUUGGCACAGCAGUUCGUGGGGCGGUUCCGCCUUCACCUUGCGGUGAGCCAGCCGACGCAGACGUUUACGGAGGGCCACCGUGGCAGGAUUGACGAAAAGGUGCUGGGGCACUGGCUCGGCCGAGGAGGUGCCGAAACGGUGGCUCUGAUCUGUGGUCCGGCCGGCUUCAAUGAUCUCAUGAAGGAAGCUUUGCGCAACCUGGGCUUUGCAAACCUGCUUUGCUUGUAG